ACACAAAAAACUAGAGUAAAAAGGUUUACAAGAAACAAGUUAUGAACUUUGACAAAGAUUAAUUUCUUGUGAAAAAAGAGCGUAGCGAGAAAACUCUUGUUUUGAAAAAAACUUUUUUUAAACCAGUUUUAUUCAUCUUCAAAUGCAGUUUUAAACAUAAAUUAUGAGUUUUACUUUCUUUUUUAUCCAAUUUCAUUCAUUGUGUUCGAUUUAUAAGUCACCAAAGGGCGUUCGCUUGCGCAGCAUAUCACCGGACUCCUAAUUUUUCAAACGCUAUUCGAGGCGGGGGGACCCCCCGGACUCUAAUCGCUUUUUAAAUUUUCGGAGUCCGGUGAUAUGAUCCAACUUAAUAAAGUCAAGGGACCGAGCUUUACCUCAGCGAGCGCAGACGAGCGUUACCUUGUUUAUAAAGCCAAUAUGAGAAGAGCGUGAAUAUAUAUAUGAUCAUACAAGAAGAAAAGAAAGGAGGUUGUGUUUUCCUCGGUGAAGUUUUAUGUCUUCUGGCUAAAGUGUCGACUGAAUGCUAUUAUACACCAAACGAAUAUUUCUCCUAUAUGGAAGGAUACAAAAAUUUAAGUUUUGAUUCUAACAAAGCAGAUAUGAAAAUUUAGCUAGAUCUAAACUAGUGUACUCUAGCGCUGCAUCUUAUUCGACGAUUCUCGCUACAGACAGAUCAAUCAUCAUCUAGUCCAAAGAUAGUAUUAAUCAUGCAAACAACAAAAGUCAACAGUUUGGUAGUGUAGCAUGAACAAGUUUGUGGCGAAUUCAAAAAUGAACGCAUAAUUUGUCAAGAUUUUCCGAGUACUGUAUGACAAUUACUUACUGCAUUUGUGGAAGAAAUACGUUUUUUCAACUUAAAACUUUUCAUUGUUGUUUCGAAGCAUGAAGUAUUUUGUUCAGUAUUAGGAUUGUUUGUAAAGUGACAGUCUUUCACAUACAAUAGGAUCUUAGAAUAGAAGCAAAAGGAUAAGUCGCACACAUCUCAGACGAAAAACGUUUAUUAAAAACGUACUGAUCGAAAACGAUGUUCGGCCACAAUUAAUUUAUUAAACACUGUAUGAAUCUGGAAGACAACCUCAGUCAUCUUCGAAACUCUGUUAAAAUACAUUUUUAUCCUGUAAUUGUUAUUCACUGAGCUUAUAACAAGCGUUUACAUGACCUUUUCUUGGUUAUUUAAUUUUAAGUUUAUAUGUACCACUGAUCUCACAUUUUGAUUAUUGCUGUUAGAUGAAGUAUAGCGAUUUUUUUAUUUCCAAUUAACUAAAAGCUCCACAUUCUAAUUAUGAGUAUAUCUGGAAACGAUUGUAAAUUAAGUAUGUAUUUUAAAAAGGAUUAUGGAAACUAUCUUUUACUCCAGUCUAUUUUUUUUAGCUACAUUUCCUGCUGGUGAUGCACGAUUAACCACUGUUACAUUUGGUCAUCGUUCAGGAAAAUUAAUUGCUACUGGUAGUGAAGAUAAUAUUAUUCAUAUCUAUGUUGUGGGACAAUCAACUUCGGUUCUUACGUUAACAUGUCAGACAACUGCAAUAAGUGCACUGAGAUUUUCAACCGAGGAAAAUAUGCUGGCAUCUGGGAGUUUAUCUGGUGCAUUGAAACUAUGCGAUCUUGAAAGUCAGAAAAUCAUUCAUCCUGGUGGACACAAGGCCGCAAUUCGCUGCAUUGAAUAUUUCCCGAGUAGUAAUAACUUCUUAGUAACUGGUUCAGUUGACGGUAUAGCCAAGUUAUGGGAUCAACGUCAAAAAGGGUUUUUAUUCAAUUAUAAAGGGCAUAACGGCGCAAUUAAUUCGUUAAAAUUUAGUCCUGAUGGUCGAUACUUAACAACAGCAGCAGAUGAUGCAGCUAUACGUAUGUGGGAUGUUAAAGGUGGAAGAUUUAUUAAAGAUUUAUUGGAUCAUCAAGGGCCUGUGAAUACAAUUGAGUAUCAUCCAAAAGAAUUAUUAUUGGCAUCUGGCAGUUCCGAUAAAAGAAUUAAAUUUUGGGAUCUUGACAAAUAUCAGACAAUAUGUGAAACACCUCAAGAGUUGUCUGCUAUCAAAUGUUUAGCUUUUGACCCAGAUAAUGCAAGUUAUUUAUUCAGUGGUUCUAAUGAUAUGUUGCGUGUUUAUAACUGGGAACCUGUCCAACUAUUAGAUACAGUAACUGUUGGAUGGAAAAAUGUACAAGAUAUAGUUGUUCAUAAAGAUCAGUUGCUUGGAGCAUCAGUAUUUCAAAAUAAGGUCACCAUUGGUUCAGUUUACAUUCCAGAUUUAAAAACCAAACCCCGUAAAAUAUCACCCGUUCGAGACUACUUUCCAAAUGAUUUGAAAACAACUGCCAAUAUGAAUAGUACAUCUCGUCGUACUCAAUUUCAACCGAUUGCUACUAAAGAUGAAAAUAUGAAGGUUCGUCAAGAUGUAUCAGGUCAAGAAUCGACACUAGAUGCGUCAUCCCAGAGUAGUUCCGAUGAUUUUAAGCAACCACAACCAACUGAUAGUGUUGUUAUUGACAAUAUGGAAGAUUAUGAUCGUAUAUUUCGUUCAAAAAAUCAUUUAUCACGCUCACCAACACCUAAAACUACUAACAAUAAUAGCAAAUCAACUGUACCAGCACCAUCCUCUGCGUCAACGGGCACUUUUACAAUUAAUUCAUCGACAACGAAUACUGAAAAUUCUGCACAACCUUCUACAAAAGGUUCAAAUCCUCGUACAACUGAUGAGAUAUUUUCAACAAUGACAAAUGCAAAUCGUACAAUAACGUCUGUUCAAGAACAACGUUUAAAAAAUUUACAAUUGCUUAGUUGUUUAUCUGGUACUACAUCAACACAGACAACACUUCAAGCUGUUGUAGCGUCACACGAUUUAUCACUAGAAUGUCUUCUGUUAAGAUUUGUUAUUGAUAAACUUUCAAGGAAAGAAUGGAAUCUCGAAUUAUGUGCUUCAAUUUUACCAGCAAUCAGGGAUUUAUUGAAAUCGCAUCAUCAUUGGUAUAAUCUAACAGCUUGUCAUGGUCUUGAAAAGAUUUUAUCUGGUUUUGGCACCGUCAUUUAUGAUAAUGUUACUGCAAAAUCUAUUGGAGUUGAUUUGUCUCAACAAGCUAGAUAUUUAUUUUAUUUACAAAUAAAAAAUGACAUCAUUGAACAACGUUUACAUGUACCGGAUAAUUUGAUUAGUGAUUUAUUUGCUUUAAUAGUUCAAGCUGAAGUUGGUGAUUAUACGACUGAACAUGACUCAGCUGGUUAUAUAUCUGAAUUGAUUCGAACAGAUGAAAAUGAAAAUUUAGAAAAGGCUGUCAUGGACAAACAUAAACAACUGCGUGGAACAGAUAAUAGAGUAGCACAGCAAGAAUUUCUUAGCAAAGCAAAAUGGCUUGAUUUUUAUGGUGUCGAUUUAUAUCAAGCGUGUGAUGAAAACAAUAUGAAUAUUAAUUCGGUUGGUUUAUCAACAACUGGCAUUAGUUUGUAUCGUGAUAUGAAAUGUAUUUCAUCGUAUUUCUGUACAAGAAAACUGAGCAUACAUCAUCUACGAAAAAGUGACAGUAAAUUACGUUCAAUCAACGACGAUGAUAAUCAUACAUCAACAAACGCAGCGUUAAUCAAAUCGCAAUCAUCAAAACGUCAUUCAUUAAAAGAAGAUAGCAGUUCAAUGGGGGGCGGUACAAUAUAUAAAAAUGAUCGUAGUAGAACAGAUCUGAAUAGUACUACUGUUUCUACGAAUGACAAUGGUGGUAAAUCAUGUCCAUUAAAAAAGCAACAAAAUUCAUCAUCAUCAAUUGUUCGAAAAGUAAUAUUUUUGGAUAGUGAUCGUCGAAUGAGCACAACGAAACACGAUGACUCUAAAUCAAAAAGACGAUCAAUUGGCUAUUCAAAUGAAAGUGAAAGUGAUCAACGAAAUUUUGUAAAAUUGACAAAAGAAAAAAAUCGUUCAAUAAAUGAAUUAGCAUUUUGCCAUGAUAAUAAGUCUUCCAAAAAUUAUGCUGAGCCAAUUGAUGAGAAUAAACGAUCAAAAAGUUCACCAGAAGUGAAUUAUCUUCGAAAUGCAUUUCCUACAACAUCGCAUGAAACAACAACAUGUGAUGAAUAUGACAAUGGUGAAAGUGAUCGACAAAAAAAAAGUGUUGUUCGACGACGAAAACGAAGUAAAUCACCAAAAGCCAAAUUACCAUCGGAAAUCAAAGAGCAUAUCGAAUUUAAAUUGGUUGAUCCUGUUGGACUCAAUGAAAAUCAAUUAAAAGAUAUACCAUAUACAAAAGUCGAAACAAUGGCUCCACCAUUUCGUAUUAGUAUUUCACCGCACUCCAAUCGUAAACGACGUACAUCACCCUUCGGAAGAACAAGUGAUGUUGUGCAAAACGCUCCAAAUAAUUUGCCUUAUCGUGGACAACCUGUAGUCUCUGUUGCGCAAGUCAAAUCGACGAAAAUUAUCAAUAUUGCUCGUCCACCAUCACUAAUAACUCAAUCAUCAACCGAAGCUAAAUUAUAA